UAAUAUAUAUUUUCCAAAUGCUUUUAGCAUAUCUUGGUAAACUUCCCGUAAACGCAAGAAUUUUCAUUUUUACAGCACACUUCAGAACCUAAAGACAGAAAAAAACAAAAAAAAAAGUUGGAAAACAAAAUUACUAAACACACACAAACAAUACAAUAUCACAGAUAUAGAGCCGAAGUCAAGUAAACCAGAACAAAAACCUUUCGGCCCCAGUUUAAAUUAAUUGUUCUCGUUGCCAUCAUCAUCUUGAUAUCAAUUUUCCAUUUCCCGGAAGAGGAAUGCAGCAGAAUAUCUGGAGCUCACCGCAGGUGGGUGGUUCUGGUGGUGCCUUGAAGGCCCUGGCCCGGAAUGUGGCCAAUCAUCUGAAGCUGAACAGGAGCAGCAUGAAGCGGGUGGUGGCCCAGGUGGUCGCCGAGCAUCACACCUUGGGCGAGGUGGCCGACUACAAGGGCCACAUGUACUUCGCCAAGCCGGAUCGUCUGAAUUUCCAAGAGCUGAUUGCCCAGUCGAAGGAGGCCUUCGAUGAUCUCCUGCUCCACGAACCGCGUUCUGCCAAAAGAAGAGCUGCUAUCCGUCAACGCUCGAAGAAUACAGCCUCUUCCAAGGUAAAUCUACAGAUGAAGGUGUCACCACCGCAAUUGCAUAGGGUAACGAAGAAAGCUUCAUUGCCCAAGAAGACUGAUCCAGCGGUGAAGCCUCCGUUGCCCAAGAAUCAGAGUCGCAGGAAGAGCUCCACCACCAUUUUCCAGCUGGCGGAUGCUGGUCGUCGUAGUCUAAAUGGUGUCAUUAUCGACGACACGCAUUUGCCGCACGAUGGUGAACAGCGGGAGAUCCUCUUGCAUGUUCCUUCGACGCUAACCAGGCGUUCUCGAAAGCGUAUCCGAUCGGCCGAGAAAAAUCCUACGCAGAAAACGGAAAAGGACCCGGCUGAGAAGAAUGUAAAACCGAAAAAGAACCAGGCCCAAACCGAGCAAAAGCAAACUAUCAAUCAGAAGAAUCAAGAGGUGCAGACGAAUCAACCGGUAAAGAAGCGCCUUCCGCAGAAGAAUCGCCGCAAAGAAGUCAAGCCGAAGCCCCCGCAAGAAAAGAAAGACCACCAAGAUCAGGAAAAGCUCCAAGAAAAGUCGCCACAAAAUUCAACUCGAUCGGUGUCACCAGCCAAGAAGAAGACAUCAGCGCAGAAAGUGAGCCCACCAGCUCGCUGGAGAAGAUCUCAAAAAAGAAUCAUUGCCAGGGGUCAGGUCUACUACAAACGCAUGAAGGCGGGCGACACCCAAAGCUCACCGCGCAGACCUUCGGUGAGGAGGAAUACAGUGCAGAAGACCAACACCCGAUUGAAGCUAAGACCACUCAAGAAGACUCUACCUUUGCUGCGAAGAACCUACGAGAAACCCUGGCUAGUACGACGCUCGAAAAGAAGACGCCUUUCUGGAGGAUCCCAAGGGGCCAACCAGAAGAAUAAGAAAAGCCCGGUGAAACCGCAGAAACAAGAUAAAAUCGAUGUGGAAUUGGAGGAGAAGACGGAACCAUCGGCGAGGAGCAGUAAGACGGAGCCGAAGAAAAGCUCUUCAAUGCUAAGGUCCAAAAGAUCGUCCCAUGUUGGGCGCCAAAUGCGCAAUGUGAACUUUCCCUGGUACACACCCUAUCAAUUUCAAGGUGCCGCCGGAGCAACCCAGACACCCAGCAAAGGAGUCGGCAUACCACCCUUCCAGUUACUAAGAGAGAAGAACCGUAAACUCAACCAAAGACUGUCGGUUACCCAACCCAUACCACAAAUUCGACGGGGUCCCAAUUUCACCAGUCGCCAGAGGCACAAUCGUCAAAUGCAGGAGCGUCUGAUGAGGGAUUUGCUGCGCGAAGAGGCCAUCGAUGAGCCGUUGAGCAAUGGAUCGGGAGUGUUUCGACGAUCUCGCGGGGGUUGGCAGGCCCCAAAACCCAGGGAACCCGUAGAACAGACCACAAGAAGCCCUACCUCUAAACCCCAAAUCAAAUCCGAACCCGAGCAGCAGGAUCAUCGUUCUGUGGAGCGCGUGAGCUCGCGGAUCAAGCGUUUGGCAAAUGAAAGACGCUACCGCCAGCCCAUCGCCACCAGCGAGCGGAUCAUGAUCCCGCCGCCAAAGAUUAUCAAUAAUAAUAUACCGAAUCGUUCCCGUUCAAGUCCUAGGAUCCGUCGAAGAUUCCGUUCCGUUCCGGUGGAUAGCAGCCUGGGCAGCAUCGCUCUGAUGGGUCAGCCGCAGCAAUCGAAGCAAGCUUUGACCCCAGCCAAACGUCAUCUGACCAUUGCCUUUAUGAACAAGAGAUCGGAACGCUCCAGUCCAGCUGUUCAGCACUGGAAGUAGGUCUUCGAAUACCCCUUCAUUUUAAUCAGUUAAACGGUUAAAUUGCACACAACCCACACAUCCAUUCUUUGGCACUCACUUUUCCAACGAUGCUGGAUUUACUACCCAUCGAUUCUGUUUCUUUGUUGGAGCUAAAUAAAUUAUCAAGUUGGA